UGUAGCUAGCAUGUUAAUUCGAUGUUUAAUAUAUAUUUGCGAAGUAAUUACUGAUUAAAAUGAUGCAGGUAUUAAUAAAGUUAUGAAAUGGAAAGUUCUGCAGAGGAACGAAUAAAUGUUGCCCUGGAAACUCUAAAGAAAGAAUUGAUUGAAAUGAGAAGUCUUGACGUUGAAUUAAUGAAACAAUUACUCUCCAUUAAUGACACAAUACAGAAACUUACCAAGGGUAACACCAUGACAAGAACGCAGUCAUGUAAAAGUCGCAUCAGUACAAAAAGGUCACAAAGAUUGCAGCAUAUAAAAGACAGAGUUGAGAAACCAAUAAGAAGACUACAGAGUACACCAUCUUUUUGCCGGUUGAGUAGUUCCGAUUCAACGUCAAACUUUGAAAAACAAGAGUCACCAAACUCAAUGGACGAUGCUACAUUUUAUUUUGAAGAAAGUGACGAGGAUUUGUAUGUAAAAGAUAAUAGACUUGCCCGUUACAAUUCUAUGUCAUGCAUAGCACCUCUUGAUGAUACCCAAACUAACUGUUAUGAAGAGAUACUACGAGCUAAUAUCAAAGUAUGGAAAUCUUCAAAAGUGGAAGAAACUGAAUGCUGAAUCAUUAACAACAGUUUUAGUGUCCAUAUAAAAAAGUAUUAGAAAAAGACGAAUAAAAUAAUAAAUGUGC